CGUAUCAGAAGAAGGCUGUCAAGUUCAUUUGUUUAAGUUCCGAAAGAUGCGCAGUCAAAAAGAAUGAGCUUGAACUUCGUGACAAAGUCAAAUCUUUGAAAGGGACAUUCAAGCUACAUGCAAUUUCUGGGAUCGGGAACAACAUUGUCAUGAUGAGCGAUGUCAGCUGUUAUUGCAAACACUGUUUAAACGGAGACUUUUGUGACAAGUGGACUGUAGCGAAACUCACUAAUACAAAGUCUAAAAAUCAAUCCAGCUCAGAGAAAAGUGAUGUAAACAAUAAUGCACAAGUACACAACGAAAUAUCAGCAAUGAGAUACAACAAAGAUGAGUUUUGUGCUGCGUUGUAUGAUGAAAUUGGUAUAUUGGAAAGAUUGUGGACAGAGAUGAGGAGGACGGAGAAUAUGAAAUUAAUUUCAUGGAGAAAAAAGGCAGUUAUUCCAAUGGCCCAAGAAAACAGAUCUAAUUUGGGUCAAGGAAAAUGAUAUUUUGUGUAAAAUUUCAGACCCACUUGCAACUGGGAAGCACGCACGAAUGAUGAAAAUCGCCGCCAGUGACAUGCAAUUGAUCUUGCAAAAGUGGAGCACAUCAAAACGUUGGCUAAAGCCUUAUUCCAGUGAAGUAAACAUUUGACAUUUGUAAAGGAACGAAAUGUCUUAGAUUUAAGCGACGUUCUCUUUCAUUUGCCUCUGCUAUGAAGCAUUUUAUGUUUUGUUGUUUUGUUGUUUAAGAAGUUGUUAUUGUUUGUAGUUGGUCAUAUCACGAGUUUAUAAUAUACUUCUAAACAAAUAAGUAAAUGAUAUUGAUCGAGUUAAAAUGUUUUGAUAAUGAUAUUAAGAUACGUUAUUAUUUUCAAAGUAAUUUUGUAUCUCUAUUAAAAGAUAUAAAAUGGUUUAUGGUGACAAUACAAUGGACAGGAGCUUGUGUUUUAAGACUUUGGAUAUAUACGAGAAAGAUUCGGUGGAUUAACAAUUGCGUCAAUUUUUUACUUUAAGCGACGUUGUUUUGCUCUGACAAGUUUAACUUAUUUCUGAUUAUUACUAGAUGUUUUUGCCACAUACAAAUAUAUAAUGAUUUGAAAGCGAAAUCCAAUAGUUUCAUUGUAUGCCCAAAAUAACUUUUCACAUGUUGUGUUAAACAUCAUGAGAAUACAUGACAGUGUUGCGUUUUGUAAAAUAAUUUUUUUAAGAAGGGACUGCAUUUAUGCAUUACAACGUAAAUUUAUG